ACCCGUCUACCUUCACAGCGACCCUUCUUGGCCAUCUGAAUUUCCCAAUAUAGUGUCGAGUGCUGAAUUCCCUGACGACCUCUGGAAUGUACUUGUGGUGGCCCUGUCUUGGCGGCAACGCAAGCUGCCACGAGGCGCAGUCAGCUCAGGCUUCAGUGCCUCUGCUUUAACACCUCAACUAUGACCGCGUCGUUAUCGUAGUUUUCGACUAAUCAAAUCAAAGAACACAUUGGGUUUUCGUUUUUGCUGUCGAGGAACGGAAGGUGUCUCUACUCGGCCUGAUGGACUCGACGUACGAAUACACACCCCUCAACGACACGAAGCGGCAUAUUCGCCUUCUCCAUCUACAACCAUCAGACAAAAUAAAUCCUGGCCAAAAUCUGAGUGGAUCAGAGAGAGAUCCUAUCAUCUGCACAUUCAGCGUUGCGUCUCUUGAUGACAAUCCUUCAUAUGAAGCACUCUCGUAUGUGUUGGGAAAUGCCGACAACACGGCAUCGAUCGUGCUCGAAGGCCAUGAAUUCCUUGUCAACAGUAGCCUCGAGUCAAUCCUCAGACAUGUUCGCAAAGACCGCGAGCGCGUGCUCUGGGUCGAUGCUCUCUGCAUCGAUCAAGCCAAUCUCAACGAGCGCUCACAUCAAGUGCUUGAAAUGCACCGGAUCUAUUCGCAAGCAUGGUGCGUCAUCGCGUUUCUAGGAGAGACUUGGAAGGGUUGUGAUUCCGCUAUCAAUCUCGUCGACUUCAUCGCGAGUCACCCGGAUACCCACUGGGACUCAGCGUCAGAGCAAAGCAUCAACUCCCAUGAGUUCGAUGUCCACUCCCUCCCAUUAUUCGACUCGAUUAUACGGCUUUUGGCCUCGCCUUGGUGGUCGCGAGUUUGGACCGUUCAAGAAUUCGUGCUCGCCCAGCGUGUUGUAUUCAUGUGUGGCCACCAUGAGGUUAAGUCUGACGUGCUGGUGGGCUUCGCCAUAUACUGCGAUUACCACCACGUUCUCUGCUGUCCGGAACUCUUUAAACUGCUUUCCGAAUACACGGGCUCAAUGAAGAUCUCCAAAGUCCUUGAUAAUGCGCUAGGAACCUGGCAGAUAGCUAAACGCGAGGGCAAGGAGCACGACUUGUUGAGCAUUAUCAACAUGUUAAAAUUGCGUAAUUGCCUCGAUCCACUCGAUAAAAUUUAUGGGAUGCUUGGCAUGGCAAGUGAUAGCUUCCGGACUUCCAUACUCGUUGAUUACAACUGCUCACUCAAUGAAGUUUAUAUGAACACGACCUUGGUGGCGUCAAAAACGAAUUUGGACUUCCUAAGCUUUCCGUAUGAACCACUCCAUAGGAACAUGGAAACUCCUACUUGGGUCCCCAACUUUCCUGCUUCUGAUGAUGAGGGAGAAGACAGCCUUUUCUCCGUCCGUGUUGCAUCAGUGCGAUUCCUCUUCCGUGCAAGCCAAGACACCCAACCUCACUUCGCAAAAUACGAAUCAGUGGACGCAGUGACGAGUGCUAUCGUGUUGGACUCAAUCAGUAUCAUAGAUUUUACUGCUACGAAAACAUCAGGGAGUGAACCCAAUGUGCAAAGACAGGCAGUGGACGCACUCAAGAACCUGCUCGAUGGGUACGAUAGUUCAAGUGGACCAUACAAGUCAAAGUCAGAGGUUCUCUGGCGCACGCUUUGCGGUGGUACUCGUGGCAAUUUUGAUUCAGAGAGCUGGUGCAGGCCGUUGCUGCACGAAGAUGAUGCGACUUUUAAGAAGUGGAGUGCUUGGUUCCCACUGUCCGAUCCUCAUGUCUUACAGCAGCAGGAUGUCGAGGUUUUGGAUUUCGAUUUUGCGAUAAGAAUGACUACGAUAGGUCGGCGCUGUGCUGUUACCUGUAAAGGCUACAUCGGCUGGAUACCUGCAAAGGCACGGAAAGGUGAUGUAGUGGUGCUCAUACCUGGAGGAAACGUACCCUAUAUAUUACGUCAGGUCCAUCAGAAGAGUAGUCCUCUUGACACUGUACGUCGGUACGAAUUCGUUGGCGAUGCAUACAUCCAUGGCAUCAUGCAUGGAGAAGCCUACGACGGAACAAAGCUUGAACCGAUCAUUCUCGUAUAA